GUCUCCUUCUCGUCCUUGAAAUCUGAGAAGAAAUAAAAAGUGAGAAUUGAAACCCACCCACAAAAUUGAAGGAAGGAGAAUCAGGAAAAUGGAGGUAAGGUCUGAGAAGAAGACGUGGAUGGUGAUGGUAAUGGUACUAUUGAGCUUGACUGGAAAAAUAUCCUCUUUAUCGGUGACGGUGAACGAGGUCGAGUGCGUGUACGAGUACGUUCUCUACGAAGGCGACACCGUUUCAGGAAAUUUCGUGGUGGUUGACCAUGACAUCUUCUGGAGCUCCGAUCACCCCGGCAUCGAUUUCACCGUGACAUCUCCCGCAGGUAACGUGGUGCAAAGUUUAAAGGGUGUUUCUGGGGACAAGUUUGACUUCAAGGCCCCACGAAGCGGAAUGUACAAAUUCUGUUUUCAUAAUCCUUACUCAACACCAGAGACUGUUUCUUUCUACAUUCAUGUCGGUCAUAUUCCCAAUGAGCAUGACCUUGCCAAAGAUGAACAUUUGGACCCAGUAAAUGUUAAAAUUGCUGAGCUGAGAGAGGCAUUGGAGUCUGUUACAGCAGAGCAGAAGUACUUAAAAGCACGUGAUACUCGGCAUCGUCAUACAAACGAGAGCACCCGAAAUCGUGUUAUAUUCUACACUGUUGGAGAGUAUCUUUUGCUGGCUAUUGCAAGUGGUCUGCAAGUUAUCUAUAUACGGCAGCUCUUCAGCAAAUCCGUGGGGUACAACCGAGUUUGAGCUGCCUGAUUAAUGUUUAUGUCUGUUUAGCACUAGAUGAGGCUUAUAGAUGAGUUUCUUUUGUGAAACAAAAAUAUGUUGGUUUAUACUUUAUACUAUUAAUUUAUUGCGUCUGAACUACAAUGUGAGUUUUAAGCAAAAUGACUGAUUUAGCUUACCUUA